CUUUAAUAAUUAUUAUAAAAUGGCGGCUUACAUAAAGACAUUUUCUCAAUUUUUCCUUCGCUCCUUUCACAGCACUCCACUGUUUCAGAGAACGGUGAACCAACUCAUGAGACAAGGGCCCAACGCAAGACAAUCGAAGAAGAAGCCUCAUCGCUUCCUGGGUAAUCGCCCUCAAAUCAAAGGAAUCGUUUUGGAGACCAUGACUGUACGCCCACGCAAACCUAAUUCAGGUGAAAGAAGGUGCUGUCGAGUGAGACUUUCAAACAAGAAAGAAGCUAUUGCUUUUAUACCAAAAGAAGGUCACACACUGCAACCGACUGAUGUUGUACUACUUGAAGGAGCAAAUGGCCGCCAUCUUGUCAGUGUGAAACUACGUGUGGUGAGAGGAAAGUAUAAUUGUGCCCAUCCUGUGAAGAAAAACUAACACAAUCAAUAGUCAUGUAUAAUAAUUGUCACAUAUUAAUAAAGAUGAAUGUAAAUAUUAAGAGGCAAGCCUUAUGCUUUAAGCAAGCAAAACGUUA